ACUAUAAGAUGGAAGAUGAUGUGUUUUAUAAGGAGUUACCGAAGGUGGAGCUCCAUGCUCACCUGAACGGAUCAGUGAGCGUCCAGAGCAUAGAGAAGCUGAUCCAGAGGAAACCAGAGCUCAACAUUCAGCAGGGCAUGACGGCCAUCGGCAAAGGUCAGCGGAGGACACUGGAUGAAUGUUUUGAGGUCUUUAAAGUAAUCCACAAACUGGUGGACUCACAGGAGGACAUCUUGAUGGUGGCGACAGAUGUUAUCAAAGAGUUUGCAGCUGAUAAUGUCAAAUAUCUUGAGCUCAGAAGCACUCCGAGGGCAGAGAAGGACACAGGAUUAACGAAAAAGAAUUACGUGGAAGCCGUCAUUAAGGCCAUUCAGCAGUGUAAAGACGAGGGAGUGGACAUAGACGUCAGGUUUUUGGUGGCCAUCGACCGGAGAAAUGGGACUGAAGUCGCCAUGGAGACGGUGAAGCUGGCCGAGGAGUUCAUGUUGUCGUCUGGAGGCUUGGUGGUGGGAAUCGACCUCAGCGGAGAUCCGACGGUGGGCCGAGGCAGGGAUCUUCUUCCAGCUUUGGAAAAAGCCAGAAACUCUGGACUGAAGUUGUCUCUGCACAUGUCUGAAGUUCCCUCCCAGCGGGAAGAAUCUGAGUUGCUGCUGAAUCUUCCCCCCGACCGGAUCGGCCACGGAACAUUCCUGCAUCCUGAAAUGGGCGGUUCUCAGUCGCUGGUGGACCGAGUGGUGGAUCGUAACAUCCCUCUGGAGAUUUGCUUGACAUCGAACGUGAAAGGACAAACCGUGUCCAGUUACUCCCAACACCACUUCAAAUACUGGUACCAGCUGGGACAUCCCUGUGCUGUUUGUGUAAGUUUUACCUCCGGUGGAUCUGAAUCCAGUUAAACUAUUUCAUUUCAG